AUGUUUCGAUUUCUGAGGAAACAUAAACAGGAUGCCCAUCGUGAGACCCAGAAGCUACAAGAAUCUUUCAGUUUGACAAAAGUAAGAUUUUAUAAUUUUUAAUUUUCUAGACGAUGAAAUAAUUUUUUCUUGCAGAUUAAUUCCGAUGGAUUUCCGAGGAAGGUUCAUAAAUUUGCAAUUGACACGAAAGAAAAUCUCCUAGCGAUUGUGACCGAGACAGGAAGAGUUGAAUUGUAAGUUGAACUGAAUUGUCUGAUUUUUUUAGAUUUUCGGACAACGAUCGACGUGUUUUGUUGAAGAAACUCGGUAAUAAACCAUGUUUCGUUUCUUUCCUCGAGGGAAAACGAACUCUUCUGUUGGUUUGCUCAGAGAAACCUGGAACUUCACACCUUCCAGAAGCCGUUCAUCUUCUUGAUGUCGAUGGUAAUUAUCCAUGUUUUACACAUAAUUAUCGCCGAUCCAAAACGCAAUCGACUAGCCAUUGUUUAUGUGCAGAUAGCUUGUUAAGCGGUACGUUUGAAAGUCUGAUUUUCUAAUAUUGGUUUAGGUUGUGGAACAUGGAUAAAUAAAACGAAAUGGGAUCAGUUAUGGCCGUCAAGUAUGAGUGUGGAGCCUUUUAUAGAUAUAGGCGAGUUUACUGAGAGCAACCAGAGGACGAUUCGAAGACUUCAAGUCCACCAAAAUGUUUUAAUCGCAUUGCUUAAUAAGGAUCUUGUGGUUGUGGUUGACAUGCAGACUCAAGAACUUGUUAAAUUUAUUAGCUUUAAAUAUGAUGUUCAAGUAAGUGAAUGCUCAAUGUUUCUCUUAUUUUCAGAGCGUAAUUUUCAAUUCAGUGUCAUUAAUUUGUUACUUUGUGUCUCCGCAAUUUGUUUGCGCUUUAAAUUUGGGAAACUGGAAUGUUAGUGGAAAUGGACAAGUCUCAAACUGUGACUUUGAAGAUUUGAUGUAUUACAAUAAAGUGAAGGCCAAAAAGUAGGACCUUUGUUACUGUUAUAAGCUUAUAUUUCAGUCGUUGGUUGACAAUUUAUUGCAAUGGAUUUCCGUCAGAAUUUAGCCGUGAUACCUGUUUGAUGAUCACGGAUGAGUUGGAGAACAAGGUCUUUUCGUUCGCUGAUGCUGUCUUGGAUAUUCAAAUUAUUUAUGAUAAUCAAGGUAUGUAAAGUUUUGAUGUUUUUGUAUUUAACAAAUUUAGGUAAUGCCACCAUUUUGGCCGUUCUUCUUGAGCACGAGUUUGUUGCUUUUGACUUGUCUGAUCCAUACUUUCGCCGAUUAUCUCUGCCUUAUCUUCAUUGUGUCGAUUUUUCUUCUGUCAGCACUGUUAAACUGCUUUCUGAUAUUCAUUUUCCAUACGACGACACAUUAAAACUGAGGAGCAAUUUGUUUCAAUCAGCUUCAGAAACUGAAUCAAACAACGAUUCUUAUUUUUUCUGCACUGGGUAGGUGUUGAAAAUAUUUUGUUCAUUUUUUAGACAUCAAAACGGCGAUGUUGUUAUAUGGAGAGCAAAAAAGGAUCGAGUUGACGUUUUGGAUAUCCUAAAAACAUCAGAUGUUUUAUCAGUCGGUGAUGUGUAUAAUAAUGAUGAGAUUAUGGAGCCAGUUGAAUUGGAAGACUUGCCACAAGAUGUUGUUAGUAUUAAAGAAGCUGGAAGCAGUUUUAAUAUUGAAAUUGACUGCGAGAUCAAAGCACCGACGCAGCUUUUUAGAAACGAUGACAUUGCGAUAAAGGUAAGCUUAAACUUGGAUCUUGAUUUUGUCUGUAGGCGGGCCUUUAUGACGAUCGUUGUGAUGAUGACGGAUAUACAAUUGAAGUUAUCCAAGCAUCAAAGGAGUGGACCGUUGUUGGGCUAAAUUGCGGGAUUGUUUUAUGUUAUCCAUUGAAUGGAAAAGGCCUUCAAGAAGGGGAAAGUGCUGAGUUUAUAAACGCAAAUCUGGCAAAUCAGGGGACUAUAAAUGAGAAACAAACAAAGAUUUCACCGAUUGCUUUAAAGAGGAUAGGAAUGACACCCUUGAGGUAAGAAAUUUGCAAGUAAGGUAUGCAGUCCAAAAGGUGGAUGUGAUUGAAUACUGGACUUUAACGACGAUUUGCAGAGCUUUGCUAACGAUCUCUCCACAAACACCCAUAAGAUCUUUGGCCAUAUCUGAUAACACGCAUGUAAUCGCCGUAGGAUGCUCUACUGGAAUUAUUAUCUACAAUCCCAUUAAAGAGACCGUUGUAUUCAAACGAAAUUUUUUGUCACUCGAAGACACAAAACUAGUGCUAUCUGAAGAGAAACCGUUGACCAGACUAAAAUCGAUGAAACAAUCGGUUCGACGGACAUUCAGGAAGAAAGAUGCAUCGACCAGACAGAAACCAAUGGUGGACCGGGAAGUUGCCUUCCGAGAUACGAAUUCUCCCUGGACCCAUGGCUUCAAAAGCUUGAUAUUCUUUGAGCCAACCUCAGAUCAAACAUAUCUUUAUGCGGGGACUGGCAAUGGAAUUUUAUUCAUGUUUGGACUAAAAGAAGAUAUGUGCACUUUGUUCAAGGAGAUCAGAUUGGCUCAUCGGGCCCCAGUUUGUUCCCUCUCUGUACUGAUGGAUCCUGUUCAAACCAAGUUAAUUGUGUUCACAGAAGAACAGAUAAGAAGUUUUAACAUCGACACGCUCAAGUCAUCCAACCUCUCGUAUAAAAUUACUGCGAAAUGCGGAGUUAAGAUCCGGAGAGGGAUUGUUGUAAAAAGGAAUGACUUCCCUUUUCUCAACAUUAUUUGCAACGACGGAACUUCAAUUGCAAUGUCAACAAAAGACAAAACGUCGAAGAUAUCGGAGAGAUUCAUAGAUGUAAGUUCAUAUUUGUCUACAAAAGUAAUCAAUCCGUUGUCUUCAGCUGUCCGACAAUGGUGCAAUCCGCCUCUCCGAUUUGAAUGAAAAUAAUUUGAUUACGGUGCCCAAUUAUGGAACAAUUAUAACGCUGUAUAAAACUACAUAA